AUGUCGAGGUAUAGCAUUACGGAGUUGUUGGCUUUACAAGACACCGCCUCUAUUGAUAUCGGCCAAUUUGCUAUAUAUGCACUUGAGAACAACCUGCUACGCCGCCAGAAACCCGGAUCGACCACCGACCGUGAGCCAACCUCGUCUGGAUCGAGACGUGGCGAUCGUUCUACGAUGACCUCAGACAGUUCAUUCCAGAAAGUGGCUUCCCGUUCGCAAAGCGAGACUCAUGACAAAGAUUCAGAUGACAGUUCUGGCUUUGUCAACUUCCUAAAGCGACAUACUUCACCAAAACAUCAACGAGUCACUCCAGGCGGCAAAGUCGUUCACAUUGACACAAAGGUACCCGCUCCGGAGUUCAAACCGCCGACGAUCAAGAAGAGCGACGAUUGUCCACCAAAGAACGGGAAGAACCCAACGAAGCCAGUCACAUCGCAGAAAGUGAACGUAGAAAAGAAAACUGCUCAGAGUAGCGGGGACUCUUCCAACUCGAACAGUGUCAGGUUCGACAUUUCAGCUGAACACGACAAGCCUGCUAGGGGGCCAGGAGGUGUUCGCAUAGCUACUGGUAGUGAGGAAACCAAUCCCCACGUUGGUGGUUUCUAUCCUACAUGGCCAUCUUUGCAACAACUGCCAGCUCCAUUAUUGGCGUCUGAUAUCUAUCGACAGCAACCAUUACCAUUGUCUCCAGGAUUCGGGCCGAUAUUCCAGGUCAUGCAGCCGAGUCAAGAGCAUAUUUCAGUGGCAGGAUACCUCAACUAUCCGUCAUUGCUGCUGACAGAUCCAGGAGCAUGGUAUCAAGCUGCUUCUCAGCCAUACAUUAAUCAAGGUGCAAUUCUCCAGAAUCUAUCGCAGCCACAAGCCGCUCCUCUGUUGACGACCCUUCUGCCAACGGUAGCAAACCAGAGUGCAGUCUUCCCUACAAUCAGCCUACCCGAUCCUCAUAUGAACGUACCGAGUACAUAUGCCUUGCUUGGUCCCAACAAUUUGGCAGGCCAAUUGUCCCAGCCAAUUGCACCAUAUGCAGGAACACUUCCCACAUACAUGGCUGACCAGAACACGCAAAGAUCGCUGCAGGAUGCAGUGAAGGAAUUUCAGAGUCUGUCGACACAACUGGCGAAUCUCGAUCGGUACAUGGCUAUUCAUGUGUUCGAGAUGGAUGCAGAGACGAAACAAAGCCUAGUUGAGCAGCGACGCAACCUCGUCAAGGACCUAGACAUGGCGAGACGGUACAAGGAGCAUCUCGAGUCUACUCUCAAGAUUCCAUCCACGAUUGCUGGAGCAACAGGAGCGUCGCCCAUAUUUUAG